GCUACGAUAAUCAAGAGAAUGGAGCACGGUGUCACCGCCACCGCCGCCGGUAAGCCCAAGGUGGUCUUUGUGCUCGGCGCCACAGCCACCGGGAAGUCGAAGCUCGCCAUCGCCCUCGCCCAGCGCUUCAACGGUGAGGUUAUCAACGCUGACAAAAUCCAGGUCCACGAAGGCGUGCCCAUCCUCACCAACAAGGUCACAGAGGAAGAGCAGGCCGGGGUGCCCCACCACCUGCUCAGCGUGCGCGACCCCGACGCCGAGUUUCCCCCGGAGGAGUUCCGACGGGAGGCGGCCGGCGCCAUCGCCGGCGUGCUCUCGGCGGGCCGCCUGCCCAUCGUGGCAGGCGGGUCCAACACCUACAUCGAGGCGCUGGUGGACGGCGACGGCGCCGCCUUCCGCGCGGCGCACGACCUCCUAUUCGUCUGGGUGGACGCCGAGCGGGAGCUGCUGGAGUGGUACGCCGCGCUGCGCGUGGACGAGAUGGUGGCCCGCGGUCUGGUCGCCGAGGCUCGCGCGGCGUUCGCCGGCGCCGGGGCUGACUACACCCGCGGCGUGCGCCGCGCCAUCGGCCUGCCGGAGAUGCACGCGUACCUGAUGGCGGAGCGCGACGUCGUCGGCGCCGCCGGGGAGGCCGAUCUCGCGGCCAUGCUGGAACGCGCGGUGCGCGAGAUCAAGGACAACACCUUCCGCCUUGCGCGCACGCAGACGGAGAAGAUCCGGCGCCUCAGCACGCUCGACGGCUGGGACGUCCGCCGCAUCGACGUCACCCCCGUGUUUGCGCGCAAGGCCGAUGGGAAGGAGUGCCACGAGCAGACGUGGAAGAAGCUGGUGUGGGAGCCGUGCGAGGAGAUGGUUAGGGCUUUCCUCGAGCCGGCGCCGUCCCUGGCUGCCGUUCCAGGUGUUGCAGCAACUGAAGAUGGGGACGAAGGCCGUGAUGCCGGCGUCGUCGCCGCCGCCGCCAUUGCUGCCCCCGCUGCCAAUGUCGCCCCCACUGGAGAUGUCGCCAACGCCGUCGUUGCUGAUGCAGCGGAGACCAUAUAAGUAGCUAGUGGACGUGGCCAUGCAUGCAGGCAGGCAGGCCUUAGUGCCUCCGGCUUGCUUAAAACUGAUAGGUGUGGGCAUGGGGAGAGAGGGAGAGAUACAUUUGUAUGCGACUUGUCUUUCUUUGUAGAUGUCUCUCCUUUUUAAAUUUAUCUCCCCGUAG